UGGAACAUUAUUGAACGUGGAAAAUGAGUUUAAAAGAGCGAAACAUACAUUGAGAAAAAUACAUUUAGACUAUUGGAACAUCCCUUUAAUUUAUUAAUAGCUUACUAGCCCUGUAUUCCUUACAAAUGCAAAAAAACAGAGCCAUAAGAAACACACAUGGUGCAAACGUGCUGCAGUGGUUAGAAAUAGUUAGAGCUAGGAUUUAGUGUGGUUUAUAUAACCUGUAUUUCUCUCAUUUCCUGCUUCAUACCUUUUUGUACUACUGAACUACUACGUUUACCUGCUAAAUCACAGCCCCUCAGCCCAGCAGUGAGUGAAUGUACAGUUAUAAUAAGGCAAUAUGCUGUGCUGUAUAUAUGAGACAGUGCCGUGUGUCUGCAGCAGGAGGCUAUACUAUACUAUAAACACACCAGCGCUGGAGAAGGCUAUGGAGGAGCAGCACAGUGUAUGAGUGCAGCAGCAGCAGCAGUGACGGCACUGGCAGUGGUGUGAGGCCUUGGAGCCAUGGAUUCAGAGCUGGAGGAGGACGUGGAGAGCUCAUGGACCGUGCUGUCGUGGCUGGCCUCCUGUGUGAUGGUGUUUGGAGGUGCCGUGCCCUACAUCCCCCAGUACCAGGAGAUCCAGAGGACUGGCAACACUGAGGGUUUCUCCACCCGCGUCUGCCUUGUGCUGCUCAUUGCCAACAUACUGCGCAUUUUCUUCUGGAUUGGGAAGCAGUUUGAGCUGACCUUGCUUCUGCAGAGUGUGGUUAUGAUUCUCACCAUGUUAGCUAUGCUUCACCUGUGCUGCGCCAUCCAAAGCACCAACCGGGUCAGCACCAAGCAACACCGCAUCACAGAUCUGGACCUGCGGUAUUUUUGGAGCUGGAGUGCUUUUGAGGACUAUCUGCUCUUCUGCUUCGGCUUCACGCUGCUCUGUGCCUUCGUCACGCUCCUCUUCUUGGACUGGGCGGUGUUCGUAGAGACUCUGGGCUCGCUGGCCCUCAUGUCCGAGGCCAUGCUGGGCCUGCCUCAGCUCCUGCAGAACUACACCAACCGCUCCACUCGCGGCAUGAGCAUAAAGAUGGUGCUCCUGUGGACUGCUGGCGACAUCUUCAAGACCACGUACUUCGUGAUCAACGAGAGCCCCAUGCAGUUCUGGUUGUGCGGUGCCAUCCAGAUCUUGAUCGACGUCUUCAUUCUGCUGCAGGUGGGCUACUACGGCCAGGACUCCAGAGUCAAACUGGGAUGAGCGUUUUUCGGACAGUCGUCACAAACCUAACUCCAAAUCAAGGGCUCCUUUGUUAUGUGAAUGCAUGCUUUUAAUGAUCUUACGAGGUGGACAUGUGUUUAACUGUUGUGUUUUAUUUUUUUAAAGAUAUUUUAAUAUAAAUAGGUCAAUUUUCGCCGCAGUUACUGAUGACUGACGGCACUGUUCAAAAGAAAGAGGGCUUUAGCGAGUGCUGUACCUGGUGCUGUUACAUGAAUCAUUUGCGAUCGUACUUUGCACUUUUCACUCGCUGCGUUUUUAAGAUGAUAUAUGUUCUCAAAGCCACAAACAGGGUGUCUCAUUUAUUCAUUACACCCAUUUGCCCUAUGCUUUGAUAAAUGAUACUUUCAUAUUCUGAUUUUAAAAAUAACUCGGCUCUUGGCAAGCCGUGAGAAUAGCCCAGAACGUUUUCAGUGCAAUUGGAGCUGGCAGGAGGCUCCGGAGAGAAAACUGUGCCAAAUUCAUCUGCCACAGACUGCCUGCAAUGACCAGUUUAUCCACACUUUGGAGGGUUCCAGGGCCAAAACCCUCCCAUUUGCUCUCCAUCUUGAGAGUAUUUAUGAUACUGCACCUGUCGAGGUGAAACUAAUAAAACAGGCUUUAAACGGCAGUUUGAUGUUAGUCUUUUAGAUAUGAGGCUUUUCCGAUUCCUUUAUUUGAAGAAAAAGCAUUUUUUUUCUCUCUUUAAGAGAGAAAAAAAUCAGAUCAAAUUAGUUUUUGUCACAUACAAAGUCCUACUUAGUGCAACUACACAGAUCAGCCAUAACAUUAGCACCUCUGACAGUGUUAACUUCCUCAGGGUGUAAAAGGAAACCAGUCCAGACCUCCUCCUGUCUGCUGACCUGUAUUUGUAUUUUAGUAAUGUGCUGUAUUUAAACUAAUACUCUUCACUAAAUGUGGUUACAGUGUAUGGCUGUUAUGUCACUGUACAAAUAUUGCAUAAAUACAUCAAUGAUCUGUUCCACCUUAAAAGUUCAAAUCUUCAUCCUGAAGCCACAUAGGUGAAAUAAUACAGUAUAUUUAUAAUAAUAAUCUACUCACAGUCUAACAACUUCAUGUGAUCGAUGUACUGAAGGCAAUAAAGUGCAUUAAGAAAGCUAGAUAGCAGCUACUUACACAGUGCAGUGGCUUGUGCAGGUGCUACCUUAAUUAGGACACAAGUCACGUGACCAAUAAUGAGUGAGGCAUGCAGAUGAGAGGAAUGUUCAAUUAUAAGGAAUAGUAUGAUUCACUUUACUAUUAGCAGUGUGGGGAAUUGUAUUACAAAACUCUUUCAGGCAUGGAGGCUGUAAAUGUAUUGUAAUAUUUAGCAUAAUAGAUAAGAAGAUUAUGUUAAUGUUUUGAUGCCCAAACUAUUGUUUUUACCUUUUUGGGUUGGUUCAAGUCUUAAUUAGGGGAGUCAGAGCCCUCAAAUCACUCCGUAAUUCAUGCUCUAAUCUACAGUGGCAUCUGUCAAAGAAUGGCAUUUUACAUAUUAGGCAGCAAGUGAUCACUCAGUUACUAAAGCUGAUGUGUUAAAAGGAGGAAGAAAAUAGGCUGGCAUGUUCUUUUGGUUAGAUUACUGGGUCAGAACAUCUCAAAAACAUCUUUUGUCUUGGUUUUGUGAUGUUUCCGUGGUAUGCAGUGGUCAAUAACUGCCAAAAGUGCUCCAAAAAAGGGCAACCAGUGAAUCUGCCUCACGAUCAUGGGCAUUUAACUCCAGACAAGAUGAGACAAUCAUAUUGAUCAUACUUGUGCUGGAAGCACAGAAUUUGGAAUUUGGCCUGCACUUGUAACCCAUCAGUUUAGUGAAAACACACAUACACACCAGUGAGUUCACACACUCAGAAAACACACACAUGGACAUACAGUAAGCAGAUGCGCAGAACAGCAAAGAUUAAUGCCUUAAUCAAGAGCCCAACAGUGACAACUUGCUGAGCUGAUGUAUUGAACCACCAUAUUGAUGGCCCUUAAAGCUGACCUCACAAUUUACAGGACUUAAAGGAUCAGCUGCUUGAGUUUUGACCUGAUACCAGAUGUGCCAGAUACCACAAAACACCUUCAGAGGUCUUGUGGAGUCCAUGCUUCAAAAGGUCAGAUCUGUUGUGGCAACACUAAUACUCAAUGUUAGACAAGUAGUUUUGAUGUUAUGGCUGAUCAGUGCAGUAAAAAUAUCAUUGGUAUUAAUGAUUAAUUAUCAUUGGAAUCAAUGGUAUAGUCACAUGUAAAUAUAAAAAAAAGUAUAAAAAAAAAAAAAGGAAUAUUACUGCUUUCUUAAGGAUUGUUGCUUUAAAGCAGCAUUAAAAUGGAUCUUUGGAAUCAAAGCCUUUAUUUAUGGUCUAGUCACAUUAAAACAUCAAUGGAUAAUAAAAAAUAGUACUGCUUUUAAUAAAUCAAGAAGCAAUCUUAAGGACUGCUCCUUUAAUGCAGCAUUCAAAUGGAUCUUUGCGAAGUCAUUUUAUACCCAACACCAUUUCCUUUUCUAAAGGACCCUUAAAGGACCAAAGUAUAUGGCCCCUUUAAGUUGAGAACUUAUAUAUGACUCUGCUCUAUAUUGAAAAAAAGAAAAAAUCACAUCUCAGUGCCCACACAAGCCCAAUCAUGAACAUGUUCCGGCUCAUUACCUCCAGAAAUAUGUCUAAGAGUUCUAGCCGCAUGCUGGUUGACCCUGUGGUUAAUGUCAUUUAAGAGUAAUAACAACAUAAACACAGUCUUCUCUCAGACCACACAUAUUUCCUGUUCAGCUUUAUGUGUAGAUGGGUAAUAUGUUCAUUAUUGAUCCUCAGACUGGAACUCAGUAAUGUGGAGCAAUCCGUUACUGUUGCUGGGCUGAGGAUGUUUUUUAUGAGCCCAUCGAUGUGAGCAACAGUAAGACCACCGAUUAAUGAUCAGCCUGGAAAAUGUUGGAGGGGAAGUUGUAAAGCCACAAUGAGUCUUCCAUCAGGAAAACGUUCCACCCCAUUAAGCUUCAGAACACACUGGUGCUGGGAGUGGGACGCUAUUGAUCAUUGGCCAGAACAGGCCACUCUCAGGCCGAAUUCUGUCCUAGUGCCUUCCUGCUGCAGGGACACAUCUGAGGCAUUAAAGGCCCUCUAGCUUCUCGCUGUUCCUCAUUCCCGUUUCUUCACUGUGUCCUUUCAUUUUUAGAGAACAGAAGUAGAAUGCUGGCCUCAGUGUUUUUCUGCAAACGCAACUUGAUUGCUUUUUUAUAGCUGAUACAGAGGAAGAGUUUGGGUGUUAGACACAUAUUGACACUUCAGUGCGAGUCUCCAGCUUUUUUGCUAUUCAUUUCGAAUAUGUUGAAUCUGUGUGAAAAAAAAAAAUAGGACACCCCAUGAAAACCAUAUGCAGGCAUCAGAGAGCUCUUUGGAUGUUGGUGUUAUCGGUGGCAUCAAAGCAAUUAAAAGCAAACCAAACUAAUUGCCUGAGGUUUAAAUAAGACAGGCUCCUCCAGCAACUUUUUAAUCAUGUUCUAAAUACCACUACUAAUUAGGUUAGUCUGGUUUUUAGGUUUUAUGGCCCACAGUGUAAAUGUAAAAAUUACCUUAUGUCUUAUAAAUAUCUUCCAGAAGUAUAUUUAAUGUAAAUAAAAGACUGUAUUUCAACAGUAUAGUAUAGUUCCAAAAGUAGUCAGGCUAUUGUCAGCCUGAUCCUAACCAAUAACAAGGCAACCAGUUGGAUGGAUCCACCCACUCUUCGAGUCUGAGCAACCUUGCGAGCCAAAGCUUGACUUAUGCCACCUUUACCCCAAAAUUGUUUUUAAUUGCAUAUGCAUUUCGAAUGCAUUUCAAUGUUGUGUCAGUGUUGUGAACACUGUAACAUUAGAUUGUCAAAAUUGUGUCACAAUGCAACAUGUAUGUUUGCUGGGAUUAAUUAUCUAGGUAUAGGCUGGUGGAGUUUCUUCUUUAUCACAAUGUGCAUUUCAUUAAAAACACCUCGAAAGAACUGUGAUAAAACAUUGAAGUACAACAUACUUAAACUGUGUUACUCACAUGCAGCAACAGAGGGAGCUCUUCACAGUGUAGACUGUGAUGUAACAAGGUUGGAGAUGGAGCGAGGUAUAGGUACACAGUGAAGACACACACCAAACUUAGUUGCCAUGUUGCAGAUCUCAGAUGAGUCUGCUGAGGGCAUUUUAACGAUUAAACAUUUUUAAACACUUCAACUAACACCCAUUUUUAUGUAUUUCAUAAAAAAAAUCUAGGGCACGUCAUUAUUUUUAAAUGUUGAAAAAGACAAAGUUUUUCAUGGGUUGACCUAUGUUUUUUCACAUAACUGUAUGUGUGUGUAUUUGCAGUUCUGGAGUUAAUCCUCUCCCUCUGUUUGUUUCAUCAGUAACUAAGUAAAGUGUAGACACAGCAGAGCUUAGGACCAGCUGUCCACUCGUUAUUAGCAGAGAAUACUCUGUGUGAUGGGCUGCUGCUCAGCGAAAUGAGAUGGAUGUGGAAAUGGGGCUAUUUUCGGAGGUGUUUAUUGUUUUCCCGAUUACCUAACCUCGUGUCCGUCCAUUUACCCAGUUACUUCCAAAAAGCUCUCCAUUUGCCUGUCCUACACUCUUAUACAACAUCCAUAUCCUUAUAUAACUAUAAAUCACAGAGAAUGGUUUCUGAAAGCUUUUAAAACCAAAGACGUUCCCUCUACCCGUCACGUAAUGUCCCACAAACACAAACGCCAGUUAAUGUGCCUGCUGCGAUUAGAGCCAGUUAGUUUUGCAUGACUGAUGAACGUCUUGGCGUAGCUUCACAGUAUGAUGACAUGGUGUAUUGUAGAAGUGUUGCUGAUGACAAUGGUAACGGUCUAUCAUGUGCUUAAUGGCCGUUUAAUGCUGCCUUAAUAGUCCACACAUUAUCUGUCUUCUGACUGUGGAUAUACACUGAAGCCUCAAAAAGCACUCCAGACAUCAUGAAGGUGUUUAUUUCUAUGCAUGCCGUUGUUGAAGUGAAGACUGGUGUUGGCAUUAUGUUCACUGUGAUCAUUUGUGAGUGAAAUGUUACUAUAAGCCAAUGAAUUAUUUUUCGUUUUAGUACUUUUAAAGAAAAGAAUGUAUACAAUAAAUGAAAUGCUGUACUUGUC